CUCAUUCAUCAGAUGCUGUCUUGACUCUCUUUCCUCGCUCCGAUCUCGAGAAUAUUGAAUUGUGCCUGUGGCUUAUUGGCCGAACCUCCAAAGAACAGAGUCUAGAGAUCAAUUCGGGAGCCACUAUGGAAAUAUCACCAUUGACACAACAAUCACGCCCUGAUACAUUCGAACCAAAAGUUGCACAACUUUACCGACAGUUGUUUAAGGACCGCGAGGAAGAGGAAAAGUCGGAAGGCUUCUGGCGUGAAUUCUUCCUUUUAAAACCCGACAAUGCUCGCUUUGGACAAUCAUUGGAUGACCUGGAAGCAAUAGAUCUACUCCACGUCUCGCAUCACUGUGAGCAAUUCGUAUCUCAUGCGAUUGCCUAUGCCAGAUCUGGAUCGUCGCCUUCUGAUGAGAAUGCUCUCGAUAACCUGACAGUGUUCCUCACCAAAGUGUUCUCAAAGCGAUACACGAAUCCAAGUUCAGACAUCAUAGAAGUGCUAGCUGGCCUCGAUCAUGUCGAUACUGUUUUCAACGACCUUGUGACGACACUCGACACCACCAUCAAGUCCGGAAAGACAGCUCGCAUUCAGAAAAAGGCAGUUCAGGUGGCCUUGUGUGUUGCUUCAGGAGCUUUCCAGACCGGCUUGCUUACGUACUUUACACAACGCGACCUUUUUCCAUCUUUGAUGCAGCUCAUCCUUGACCUCGAAGAUCCUUUAGAGGCUGCACAACCACUUCUCCUAGCAGGACUUCUUGCGAACUACAACAAAUUCGAGACGUACAACCCUUACCACGUAAAAUUCGCCGAUUUUGUUAAUCACGAGACAAUGGUGCAAAUCUGCAGGUCAAUCGAAAGCACCUGUGCUUCCAUGAGAGAUCAGUAUGUCGCGAUUCAAGACGACGUUCCUGAAGCCUGGAGCAUCGGAGGUACAUUGAGCUAUAUUGGUCUUGGAGCUCUGGCGGGUGCGAAGCCUACAGUACCUGCACCCACGGAAGACGAGAUGAAGGCAAAGUUUGCCGAGCAACCUCAACCACAUGCCGGUAUCUUGCUAACAGUGUAUGACUUUGUUGUCGCCAACAAAUUGUUCUGCGCAGACUUUGUCCGUGUGUACUCAGAAAACAAGAAAGAGAGUUCACCGAUGGCGCAUUACCUGUCAUUUUGCUCCUACCUCUAUCAACACGCCUAUCGUUCACAACGGGCGACGCAAUAUGCUCACCUAACUUUGUUCACCAUACAAAAUCUGGUCGAGGAUCUGGACAUCGCAAAGAAGAUAUGCGAGACAACAGUGCCUGUUCGUCUGAGCCGUCAAAGACCGCCACAGCUACCUAUGGUCACCUCUGAUCGUACUCUUGCUGCGAACAUUAUCGACAUCAUGAUCGACAGUGUAAAUCACAACCUGCGGAAAAAGCUGGACGUCGAGUUAUACAGACUGAACGUCGGAAUCAUAUUACGACUUGUUACAUUCCUGAGUAAAGCAAGAAUACGUCUGACAUAUCACUGGUCUGAGCUCUGGCGCUCUCUACUGUCUUUUGUGCGCUUCCUCACCGUCUACGCCGAUGACCUACGGUCACUCUAUCAUAUGGACUCUUUGAUCCACGCCCUCGUAAACCUCCUCUGUCUCUCUUUAACUCAAGGCGAAUCCUUCCUCCCCGACACCGCCUCUUAUGACGACAUUUCCUACAAACUCGUCGAAUUCGGCCCAUCCCUGACCUCAUUUCGCGACGCCUAUGGACUACAAAAGGGAGAAAGCGCAGCUUCCAUGAACAUCUUGAUACACGUAUCAAAACACUACAGCGAUUUAAUUGCAGAGGAAAAAGGCAAAGUGAAGAAUCUGAGUCCGAAAGACGUGGCGAGGAUUAUCAAGGAAGGGUAUGAGACGUUGAGUAUCGAGGCCAGGGAAGGGUUGGAUCACUGGGAAAUGUAUCGCGAGGCGGAGCAUAAAGCAGAGUUGAAGAGGAUAGCCAGGACAGCUUGUGCAGACGCAAGGGUAUUGGUGUUAUAGUAGGACCCUGGAGUGUCGCUCGAUAAACAUACAUCCUGUCUGCUCGAAGAAAGUUGUCAUAACGAACAUCGAAUACGAAGAUAGGAUAGUCAUCUCACGACUUCUGUACUGGUAGCCAAACGCGUAAGCAAAUUCCAUCCCCCAAGCCUCACCCAUGCAGACCAGAAAGCCCCCCUCACAUAUGAAACCAUUCUCUCCCGCUGCACAAGCAUCACUCAGCAUCCGGC